UUCCCCAUCACUUUAAAUUGCUUAACUGAUAUCCAUUGAAAUAGCCACCAUCGGAGAGGGCUUGACUACCGGCACGGUCGGCAUCCAAACUUGAAAAACAAGUUAACGAUGUCCUGGCCACACCCAUCACAAUAGGGCAUAAAACCUGCGCCUCUUUAAAUUGUUUUAUACAGUAUACCUGGUCACUGAAGAGGACCGAUCUCUGGAAUUCUAACCUUGGGUUACAUCGCGUUCUAUCCUGCACAAUGGAUAGAAGGACAGUGAUUAACACAAACCAGCAAGGUAAUUCGUCCUCGAAGAAUGAAAAUGGGUGUUGGUUUACCAAGAAUUUGAGGGAUGAGCUUCUUGUGAGUCUGCAGGACGAAGAUUCUAUGAGGAACUCAAAGUCUGUGUCAGACUUUUCAAGCUUGUAUUCUUCAGAUCUCUUCCCCGCAAGAAGUGGAGAGAAGCAUACAGAACAAUUUCUACUAGAAGUUUUUGAAAUUCUCUUCAAUUAUAUAAAGAAAACUUAUGAUGGUAAAAGUAAAGUUCUUGACUUCCAUCAUCCACAUCAGAUACUACAGGGUAUUGAAGGGUUCAAUUUGGAAUUGUCAGACCAGCCUGAGCCCCUGGAACAGAUCCUUGUGGACUGCAGAGACACUCUGAAAUAUGGUGUAAAGACAGCACAUCCUCGGUUUUUUAACCAGCUAUCCAGUGGACUUGACAUUAUUGGCCUGGCUGGUGAAUGGCUGACUGCUACUGCCAACACAAACAUGUUCACUUAUGAGAUUUCUCCGGUAUUUAUUAUUAUGGAAGAAAUUGUCCUAAAGAAGAUGUUUGAAAUUGUCGGUUGGAAGGAAAAUGAAGGGGAUGGAAUCUUCUCUCCUGGUGGAACCAUUUCAAACUUGUACAGUAUUCUUGUGGCACGUUAUAAGUAUUUCCCCAUUGUAAAAACCAAAGGAAUGUCAGCUCUACCCCCGAUUGUUCUUUUUACAUCAGAACAUAGCCACUAUUCUUUCGAGAAAGCAUCUGCAGCUCUUGGCAUUGGAACAGAGAAUGUGAUUGCUGUGAAUUGUGAUGAAAGGGGGAAGAUGAUUCCAUCUGAUUUGGAGGCAAAAAUACUAAAGGCUAAAGCAGAGGGAUUUGUUCCAUUUUAUGUCAGUGCCACUGCUGGGACAACUGUAUAUGGAGCGUUUGAUCCUAUAGAAGACAUUGCCGACAUUUGUGAGAAGCACAAUCUCUGGAUGCAUGUUGAUGCUGCAUGGGGUGGUGGAUUACUGCUGUCAAAAAAGCACUGCUUUAAAUUGAAUGGCAUUAAAAGGGCGAACUCUGUUACAUGGAAUCCUCAUAAAAUGAUGGGUGUUCCCCUGCAGUGUUCUGCAGUCCUCACACGGGAAAAGGGUCUUUUGCAGGCAUGUAACCAAAUGCAAGCUACAUAUCUGUUCCAGCGUGACAAACACUAUAAUACAGCUUAUGAUACAGGAGACAAGACAAUCCAGUGUGGAAGACAUGUUGACAUCUUUAAACUUUGGCUCAUGUGGAAGGCAAAGGGUACAAGUGGCUUUGAACAUCAAAUAAAUGGUUGUCUGGAACUUGCGCUGUAUAUAUACAAAACUCUAAAGACAAAAGAGAACUUUCAACUAGUCUUUCCUGAAGAGCCUGAACACACCAAUGUCUGUUUCUGGUAUAUUCCACCAAGUUUAAGAGGAAUUCAAAGAGAUUAUGAAUGGAAAGCAAAACUGCAUAAGGUUGCUCCCAUGAUUAAAGCGCAUAUGAUGGAAGAAGGCACAGUGAUGGUUGGAUACCAGCCACUGGGUGACAAACCUAACUUCUUCAGAAUGGUGUUUUCAAACCCAGCAACUACAAAAUCUGAUGCAGACUUCCUCUUAGAAGAAAUUGAAAAACUUGGGAAAAAUAUCCAAUUUAUGUAAUCUCUAAAUGUUACUCUCGAUGUUAUA